CGUUUCGGCAACGGCAUCAUGUCGCCAUGGCGGAGUUGGAGUCAGAGGCAAAAGGGGCAAUGGCGGUCUCAAAGUCUCAGCAUGGCAGAAGAUCGAGUUCCCGAAUUCAACGUGCCUCACUUGCCACCGUAAUCGCAGGGCUAUUUAAUGCCCCACCAAUUGGGUCUCUCUCUCAGACAUUUACACAACGUCAGCCUCUGCCACAAGGUGCCAAGGUGGAAAGUUCUAUAUCGGGGUUCUCUGCCUCCACAGUCCACACACACACACACACACACACACACAGCGAGAGAGAGAGAGAGAGAGAGAGAGAGAGAGAGAGAGAGAGAGAGAGAGAGAGAUCGUUUUUUUUUUUCCUUUUCGCGAGUUAAGGAUCGGUGCAAGGUAAGGCGGACUUUUGAAGCGGAGGAAUGGAGGGGAUAGCCGUGAAGCCUGGAACUGGUGUCCACCUCCGCAUGGGGUCAUUCCUUAAAUCUACUGACUUCGUCGAGCAGACGAGGUUUCGCUUUGGAGGUCUGACAGGAACCCAUUUCAGGAAGUUGUCUCUCUCGCAUGUGCGGGCUCAACAGUCUAAGGAAGAGCAUGCAACUCUCUCACCAGCUACUGUCCUUGAAUUGACCCCUGCAGAACUAAAAGAGUGGCGUGAGAGUUGCGAGCAAGGUAAUGUGUAUACUAACCAGGGCAUCAAAAUAAGAAGACGUCGGCCGAACGGUCCUCUAUCGCAUGAUGUGGGUCCUUCUCAGUUUCAUUUGCACAUCGAAGGAACCGCUCCUAGGAACAUUCUGGAGGAAAUUAUCUGGCACAAGGACACAGAAGUUUCACUGUUAAAGGAAAGCUUACCUUUGGACACUUUAAGAAAAGCACUGGAGAAUGCGCCACCUGCUAGAGAUUUUGUAGGAGCUCUCAGGGCAUCCUAUCUGCGGACAGGAUUGCCAGCUUUGAUAGCUGAAGUAAAGAAGGCAUCUCCAAGCAGGGGAGUGCUUCGAGAGGAUUUUAACCCGGUUCAAAUAGCCCAGGCCUAUGAAGCAGGUGGUGCAGCAUGUCUCAGUGUCCUGACAGAUGAGAAGUAUUUCCAGGGAAGCUUUAAUAAUCUCGAGGCCGUGCGCAAUGCUGGUAUAAAGUGCCCCCUCCUCUGCAAAGAAUUUAUUAUCGAUGCUUGGCAAAUUUAUAAUGCUCGAGCAAAAGGCGCAGAUGCUGUUCUCUUGAUUGCAGCUGUGUUGCAUGAUCUGGACAUCAAAUAUAUGGCUAAGAUAUGCAGGCUACUUGGCAUGGUGGCAUUAGUUGAGGUGCAUGAUGAAAGGGAAAUGGACCGUGUCUUAGGAAUAGAUGGGAUCAAACUCGUUGGAAUCAAUAAUCGGGAUCUUGAAACCUUUGACGUUGAUAUCAGUAAUACAAGGAGGCUCCUAGAGGGAGAACGUGGUGAAGUCAUUCGCAAGAGGGAUAUAAUUGUUGUUGGGGAGUCUGGGCUGUUUACCCCUGAUGAUAUUGCAUAUGUGCAGAAUGCUGGAGUAAAAGCGGUUCUGGUUGGGGAAUCAAUCGUGAAGCAGGCUGAUCCAACCAAAGGAAUUACAGGCCUCUUUGGCAAAGAUAUCUCUCUUUGAUCUUGGUUAUGGUCUUAUGGUUAUCCAUUAUAACAGGUCCUUAGUUGCAUCAUGAAAUAGAUCAAUGACAAAUCAAUAAAAUUCUGUUGGCUUA